AUGUAUUUGUUGUGGAUGGGAGAAUCACAUUGUGGAACAAUAGUGAAAAUUGCAGAAUAUGAAGACACUAGGUUUCGGGUCCAUUCCCAUACUUAUAUUCAACAAAUUGCUGUUAUAAUACCCUAUUUAGAACUAGCCGGUUUUGCUAAUGUAGCAAAGAUAGCAAGUUUAAAAAUAGACUCUAAACUAGUUGUUGCUUUGUUAGAGAGAUGGACACCCGAGACACAUACUUGUCAUUUACCAACUUGUGAAUGUACUAUUACACUGGAGGAUGUGAGUAUGUUACUCGGUCUCCAAAUUAAUGGUAAACCUGUUAAUGGCCUAACAAAUGUAACUAACAAUGUUUACAUGGAGAAUUUAGGCGUCGAACCGACCGCUUCAGAUAAAAAUGGGGCUUCUGUCAAAAUUGUUUGGUUAGAAGCUCUAUUAACACAACUAAAAAAUAACUCUUCCCCGACAGAAGCGGAAAACAUUCUUCAUGCAAAAGUCUAUAUUUUACUAUUAAUUGCUACUUUUUAA